CCUCUCGCUCUCUCUCUUCACUGCGUAUCUCAUCUCUCUCUCCAUCUAUAUAUUACCCUCAGUGAGAGACAGAGAAGGCCGCUUGCACCGCCGUCCGCAUCAGAGGAGCCGAGGGGACACAACGAGACAUGGGGACGGUGCCCAUGGAUCAGCAGCCCCUCCUGCACAACGUGGGCGAAGAGAAGGGGCGGCCGUGGAGGAGCAAGGGAGGAGGGAUGACUGUAGCCGCCGUCGAGGCGGUUGAGAAGGAGGAUAUCCCUCCGGUGCGGGGGUUGCGGGACGCGUGGGAGCUGUUCGGGGCGGAGUCCAAGAGGCUGUGGUGCAUUGGCGCCCCCAUCGCGUUCAACAUCAUCUGCCUCUACGGCUUCAGCUCCUCCACCCAGAUCUUCGUCGGCCACAUCGGCAACCUCGAGCUCUCCGCCGUCGCCGUCGCCCUCAACGUCAUCUCCACCUUCUCCUUCGGUUUCCUCCUCGGCAUGGGGAGUGCACUGGAGACGCUGUGCGGGCAAGCCUUCGGGGCGGGGCAGGUGGAGAUGCUGGGCGUGUACAUGCAGCGGUCCUGGAUCAUCCUCGUGGCGGCCGCCAUCCUCAUGUGCCCGCUCUACCUGUUCGCCGCCCCGCUGCUGAAGCUGAUCGGGCAGCAGGACGAGAUAGCCGAGCUCGCCGGCAAGUUUGCCGUCAGCAUCAUCCCCCAGAUGUUCGCGCUGGCCAUCAACUUCCCCGCCCAGAAGUUCCUGCAGGCGCAGAGCAAAGUGGUCGCCCUCGCCUGGAUCGGCUUCCUCGUCCUCCUCCUCCACGUCACCCUGCUAGCCCUCUUCGUCUUCGUCCUCGGGUGGGGCUUGUGGGGGGCGGCUGCGGCCUACGACAUCUCGGCCUGGCUCGUCUCUCUCGCCCAGGUCGCCUACAUCGUGGGCUGGUGCAAGGACGGGUGGACCGGUCUCUCGUGGACGGCCUUCAGGGAUUUGUGGGCGUUCGUCAGGUUGUCAUUCGCGUCCGCGGUCAUGCUCUGCCUCGAGAUCUGGUACAUGAUGAUCCUCACCGUGCUCACCGGCCACCUCGACGACGCUGAGAUCGCCGUUGGCUCCAUCGCCAUCUGCAUGAACAUAAACGGAUGGGAGGGCAUGAUCUUCAUCGGACUCAACGCCGCCAUAAGCGUCCGGGUGUCGAACGAGCUGGGAUCGGGCCGGGCCAGGGCGACCAAGUACGCCGUCGCGGUGGUGCUCGUCCAGUCUUUCGCCAUCGGCCUCCUCUUCAUGACCACCAUCCUCGUAACCAGGGACUACUUCAGCGUCAUCUUCACCAACGACAAGAACAUGCAACGAGCAGUCGCCGAGAUCGCGUAUCUCCUGGGCAUCACCAUGGUGCUCAACAGCAUCCAGCCAGUUAUAUCAGGAGUGGCUGUUGGAGGUGGGUGGCAGGCUCUGGUGGCUUACAUCAACCUGGGUUGCUACUACAUCUUUGGCCUUCCUCUAGGGUUCCUCAUGGGUUAUCUUCUCCACUGGGGAGUGCAGGGGAUAUGGCUUGGCAUGCUUUGUGGAACCCUUGUCCAGACACUGAUUCUGCUGUUCAUAAUCUGGAAGACAGAUUGGAAGAGCGAGGCAGCCCAAGCUGCGGAACGUGUGCUGUUGUGGGGGGGGCAAGAAGAGGACUUGAAAGGACAUGCAUGAGGUGGCUUUGUGUUCUCCAUGGCCAUGAGAUUAGGUUGCCAUUUUCCUCAGGAAAAUGGAUUUCCAUUAUGAUGGCAUCUUUUGUUUUCCUUUUCUUGUCCUUUAAAUAAAGAAGGGUGCUGCAGUGGAA